AUGCGCUGGAUGAAGGGCUGGCGCUCAUUUUCCACAUCGCGAGCAAGCUGGCAGUCGCGACCGCCAACUGCGGUCGUUAUGAUGAAUAUGGGUGGACCUUCUACCCUGGAUGAAGUCCAGCCAUUUCUCACGCGCCUGUUCCUCGACCGUGAUUUGAUGCGCCUACCUUUUCAGUCGCAUCUUGCACCCAUGAUCGCCAAACGGCGCUCACCGAAAGUUCGCGAUCAGUAUGAAAAAAUUGGCGGUGGAUCUCCCAUCUUGCGAUGGACACGCACGCAGGGCGAGGCCAUGUCGCGGAUGCUCGAUGAGCUGAGUCCCUCUACGGCCCCGCACAAAGCAUACGUGGCGUUCCGGUAUGCAUCACCGCUCACGGACGAAUGCAUGGAUGAGCUUGCUGCAGAUGGUGUAAAGCGUGCCGUUGCAUUCUCUCAAUAUCCACAGUACUCGUGCAGCACGACAGGAAGUAGCCUGAACGAGCUGUACCGCGAGAUUCAGCGUCGCAAGGCACGCCACGCGCCAGAGGGUCAGAUUGAGUGGUCUGUCAUUGAUCGGUGGCCCAUACAGUCAGGCUUGGUCCAGGCGCUUGCGAACCGUAUUCACCAAGCCCUGUCUAGUCUGCCAGCGGAGGUCGCUCACAAGACGCCUAUCAUGUUUAGUGCGCAUUCGCUGCCUAUGCAGGUCGUGUCAGGGCGCGGCGACCCAUAUCCGCCCGAAGUUGCAGCCACUGUCGCUUCCGUGAUGCAGCGGCUGGGAUGGUCCAACCCUUACCGCGUGACUUGGCAAAGCAAGGUGGGUCCUGCUGCUUGGCUUGGUCCACAGACGUCCGACACUCUACAUGGCUGGGCCAAACAGGGUCACAAGCAUGUAGUUGUGGUCCCUGUGGCAUUCACGAGUGAUCAUAUUGAAACGCUCUUCGAGCUGGAUAUGGAGUUGCAGGAAGACGCCAAGGAAGCUGGCGUAGAGCUUGUUCGCUCGCCGUCGCUUAAUGACGAGCCUGUGUUCCUACGAGCAUUGGCAGAUAUGGUGUCGGAGCACCUUGCCUCUGACGCACGCGGCACGCAGCCCUGGGCGCAGGGUAAGGCAAGCCACCAAAUGUCCCUUCGCUGUCCGGGAUGCCCGAGUCCCGAAUGUGGCCAGCAGAAGGCCUUUUUUUGCACUGACUAG